CAACAGGUCACACUAAGUUUUGGGCACACUGACCUGCUACCUGUUUGAGUUCUACGUUUCGUUUAAUUUAGUUAUUAUCUCUUGUUUAUUUUAUUUACUUAUUAUUUUUGUUAAGUGCAAGUGCAAUAAAAAGUCCUUAGCUAUGGCUCGUUACUUUAAAGAACAGGAUAUUGAUGAGUUCCGUGAAUGUUUUUAUCUGUUCGCUCGGUCGGGGCAAAUCAACAAUUUGGACGAACUAACGGUUAUUAUGCGUUCUUUGGGCCUUUCGCCGACAAUCCAAGAACUGGUUUCCUAUCUGAAGCAGAAGAAUGGUAAAAUGAGCUUUGCCGACUUCCUGGACAUUAUGCACCAGCACUCCAAGGUGGAGAGUUUGCCGGACGAGGUGAUUGCCGCCUUUAAGGCAGCGGAUCCUCAAAAUAAAGGCACAAUCUCGGCCAGGCAGCUAAGAAAUCUCCUACAGAACUGGGGCGAGGGUCUGUCCAUGCGUGAGGUGGACAACAUUUUCCGUGAGGCCAAUGUAAACAACAAUAGCACUGUGCGGUACGCUGACUUUGUCAAGAUUGCUUGUGCCCCAGUUCCAGAUUACUAUUAGACUGCUUUUCGACUAUAAACAACAUUCUAAUACCUAAACAAAACAUUCCAGUAAAGUAGUACCCCAAAUGAUUUCGCACAAUAAAGCUGGCCAAAUGUGUUUGGAAAAA